AAUAUGACGCACCUGGGAGAAUGAUGACGAAGUCUUUGUUUGUUCAGGUGAUAUAGCCUAUCUCAAACUUGCGUUGCCGUUAAGCGUCAUUUCGUCUUAACUGCCGCUCCAGAUCUUGAAAACAACACAAUGGGAAUGAAUCAAUAAGCUUUAUGAAUCAUCUCAAAAGUGAAGCAGCGAAUGAAAGAUAGUAAAAGAUUUAAAUUGGUAUUCCUCAUAUCUUUCUUCAGUAUAUGCCUUCUUUACGUAAUUGCAGGUUUGCUAGCCACAGGAGAUUAUGUUCCCAAGAAUGAGGAUGGUUAUUUCAAGGUAUAUAUCUCAUCAACCAAAAGUCAAAAGGUAGCAACAGCUGAUGUAGCUGAUGCUACCGAAUCUUCCAAUCACAACGCUACUGAAUACAUACUCCUUAGUAAAUCUGAACCCAACAGCAGUUUUGACAAUCAAAAUAUUACUGAAACUGAUUUCAAAACAGAGAGUGAGACCAUUAAGACCUUAAAAAAGGUUUACGCCGAACGACAAAAAGUUGGCGGAAGAAAGCUAUUUGUUGGGUUGGCAGAUAUUAGAAAAUCUACAGAAAAUAUAUUUUUCAUUGAAUCAACAUGUGCAACUGAAAAAAUGGCAGCCCAGAACAAAGACAAUAAAGGAUUUGUACUCAAUGCUCGUCAAUGCUGUGCCAUAGAAUCAACAGCGGAGAUGAAUUUAGACCAUAAAGUAUACAUAUUUCACUCCUGUCCGUUAGAUGAUAACUUUUUUAAAUACUCUCCGAAAUUUGUUGAGAAACUCUUCAAGCUCCCAAACAUUCAUGUGGUUAGAUUGAACACAACAGAAAUAUUUGCGGGUUCUCCCUUGGAAGAUCUUCACAGGAAGAAACUUCUUGAGACUUCAGAUUACCCAGUAGAACAUACCAGUGACUUAGUAAGGUUGACACUUCUAUGGAGAUUUGGGGGAACUUAUUGUGACCUGGACGUAAUUACAAUCAGGUCACUCAACAAGCUGAAGACCAACUGGGCUGGCAUGCAGGAUGCAGAGGUCAUUGCUAAUGGAGUUCUCAACUUUGAGCCUGAAGGUGUUGGUCACCAAAUACUCCAGAGAGCGCUAGAGCACGUAAACAAACACUACGACCCUAAUGAUUGGUCUGCUAACGGGCCACUUCUGAUCACUCCCAUCAUCUUACAGGAAUGCAAAGUGCAAAAGGUAACUGAGGCCCAAAAGCAUUGCAAUGGAAACUUCACAGUAUUGGAAAAAACCAUUUUAUAUACAAUCUACUAUGAAUCUGCAGGGGACUUCUUUCAAACUAAUCUAGGGGAGAAAAUCGUCUCUUACAUCAAACAAAGUUCCUACAGUGUUCAUUUUUGGAACAAAAUGAGCCACAAUAUGUUGAUAACGGUUGGUUCGACUCAAGCGUACGGUCUAUUGGCUGAUGAAUACUGCCCGCUAGUCUACAGGAAUUGUGGUCUCAAGUUUUAGUCUAAACAUUGGCCCGUUUCACACUGGGUGACACAACGCCGGCACGACAAGUUGGUAAGGCAUUUUAAACUACCGCCGCGUCCUGGCAACUACUUGACUCUGACCGGAGGUAGAGAACUCACCUCAUAUUACAUUGGACAGAAUAGCACGAUGGCUGAUUACAACUGAAGAUUAUAUUUGUUAUAUUUAUUAUAUCCGCGACGUAAAAAGGAGAAGUGGAAAUAGACAAGUUUGGAUCCACCCAGUAAUAAAAGUUUGCAACUUUAAUAAAAGUAUUUUAGUUUUAU